GGAUCUUAUGUCAUUGAAGUCAACAAAUGUCAACAAUGCAUUGAAGUGAAUAAUAAAUUUUAUAAAGCAAAAACUAACCAACAAGUAAAGAACUGUAAUUUACUUCAGAUGACUAUAAAAAACAAAUAAUUAUCAGUAUAUAUUAUGUAAUAUGCAUAAGUACUAUUUUUUCUAAAACAUAAGUACUUUACUACCACAUCGUCGUAGAUUAUCGAUUUUGUACAUACAAUACCAAAAAUGUCUGGGAGCUCAGCUUUGUCCGUGAAAGAGAUUUUCAAUGAUUUCAAGGAAAACUAUGGUAAAGUUCGUAAACUGCUGGACGAAGAUAGCAAAAAUGACCCAGAAAAUGAGCCCUACGUGUCGAAAUAUAGGGCAAAGAACAUACUUGUUGGAAUGAGGGAUGGUCUGAAGGAUAUGCUCGGCAGUGGGACCCCACUCGAGGAAAUCACGCUCCGCGCUAUGUUGAGUACCGUUCUACUCAACAUAGGCAUCAUUGACAUGGAAACAGAGGAACUGACGUCAAGUGAAAAGGUCCUGUCUGAAGCUGUUGAACUACUCGUCCCAAAUGCUUCGAAACCCGAGAUAAUUAUCAUACUUAUUACUGUCUACAAUAACCUGGGCAUUCUUUGGUCAAAUCGCGAAGAACCUGGCAAGGCUAAAACCUACUUGCUGGAUGCCAAAGAGUUGUAUGAGAACUUCAAAUGUACACUGCAGUUACCUUUGCCUAUAGAGCAAAUUGUAAGUCCCUCAGGGGAGAGCCCUAUAGGAGAAAUCAUGGUACUUGAGAAGGCACACACACUGACCUUGUAUUACUUGGCACAAGUGUAUGGUGCACUGAAAGAGAACUUAAAGUCUGCGGUGUAUUGUCAUGUGACUUUACGCAGACAGCUGCAGUACAAUGACUAUGAGCCGAUAGACUGGGCCUUAAAUUCAGCCACACUAUCACAAUUUUUUGCUGAGCAGAAUGGGUUUCUCCAGUCUAGACAUCACUUAGCUGCUGCUUCUAUGAUCUUGGAGCAAUAUGAGGAGAAGUUGCGGUGUAUUGAAGGUGAUGAGGUGUCCCUUGCUAAUAUGGAGACAUUCCAACAUCGGUCAGCUGAUGUGGCUCGCUGUUGGGCUAAAUAUUGCAUUUUGUUGAUGACAGCAUCUCGAGCAAGGCUUAUGAAUGAUUCUGAACAGUUAACUGAAGAUUUUACAGAUUUAUCAAAUCUCACUCUGGAAGACAAUGAAAACAUCUGUGGUGGAGACCUUACAAAGCUGACCUUUCCCGACCUUGAUGUUUCCAAGUUUGAGAAUAAAAUUGGUGAUAAGUUCUUACUGACCUUUGAGGAUGCAAAGGUAGUCUUCUUAUGCUGCCAGGACUGGCUGAACAAAGCCAAGGAGUACUACAAACUUGAUACUCUAGCUUCAGAUUACAUAGAACUCAUUCAGGACAGUUCACAGUCUUACAGCUAUCUAGCUUUCUUCGAAGAAGAUGAUGAGAGGAGAGCUAAAAUGCAUAAAAGACGCGUUGACAUGCUAGAAGAGCUACUCAAAGAAAUCAACCCAGUAUACUACCUGCAGUACUGUCGGCAGCUGUGGUACGAACUCGGAGAAGUAUAUUCAGAAAUACUGAACAUAAAACUUGAGAAGUUAAACAAGACAAAUGCAAGGCCCACACCACACUCAUUAAAAAAGAUCAACAGUCUUUGCGAGAAGAGCAUUGAGAAUUACGAAAACUUCCUAAAUUCAGUCAAAAAUAAAGAUGGUAAUAUGCCAGCCAAGCUUACUUACGAUAUGAUACGGCCUGUGCUGAGUGCGUAUGCCUGUAUAGGAAGGAAUAGCAUGAAGAGGAUUUCUGUAGACAAGAAGAUACAGCUCAGGAAUAUACAGAAAAGCUUUGAAUCUUAUCAGAAUGUUGUUCAUUUCUGCCUGGUUGAUGAAGAGGCAGCAUUGGUUAUGCAGGAAGAAUACCAGUUAUGUUUACAGAUGGUCGGCAUUCUUCCCAUUAGAAUAAUGAAACUGCAGGCCGAGACGGAAUAGAAAAAACUUGUACUUUAUAGUGCGGGGCACUGUAAUGUAUGGAAGUGUUGUUUGGUGUAUUCUGGAUGCUUAUAAUGCCUUGCUUUGGAACUGUGGUAUGAGACUGUCUACAGAUUGGAUUACUGGCUGUAAAGAUGAGUCCAAGUGUUCAAGGGCCGAAGUAUGAUGUGUUGAAACCAUAAUUAUUGUUCUUCCACGAAAAAGUGUACUAUCUAGAGUUUUCAGGAUUAUUUGAAUGUACUACAUUGUUUAGAAAUGAAUAAGCGUAAAUUUUUGUCUAGGAAAACAGUCAAGUAGACGUAAUCGCAACGACAUUUUUAUAAGACCAAGGUAUCUUAUAAAAAUGAUGUUAUUACUAAACAGUUUAUUUAUACUUUUUAUAUAAAACCAAAACCCAUUUCAAGUAAUUUUCAUUUCGGAUAAUUAUGGUUUAACAUUUAACCAAACAUCAUAUGCCCCCAUAAUAUAUUAUAAAGAAGUUGUUGACGUAUCACAAGCUUUUUAUACUAAGUCGCUUAUAAAUAAUUCAUCCAGCAUUCAAAUCGCAUGAAUGAGAAUAUCAAUAUUAUAGUGUCGUUUUUUUUUAUUGUGAUGGCAAAGGAAAUAAUAUAUAUUCACUGCUUAGGGUUUGGGACCAGUCAUUUCUGGUUUAAUGUAGAACACAAGUGUUCUUGCGAUAAAUGUACGUUCGACAAAUAUGAGCUAUCUCUAAUACAAAUUGAAUAUAUUAUAGUUAAUUUAUAUGUAUCAUAUAUAAUACGUAUCUGGUAGCCCUUAGCAAUAGUAUUGUUAGUUGGUUACAGCAUUAAAUAUACUGGAUUCUGUAAAUGUAAAAUAAUAAAUGUAUAUUUAUUAAAAUGAAAAUCAACACUAA